AUGGAUUUGGAGGAAACUCAAAUAAUACGUAUACCAAGCCGAAAGAGAUGUCAGAAGGAGGAACACAGAGAAUGUCUGGGACUGGGUUACAGACCCACUUGUAUACCUGAGUCACAGACACAAUUACCCACUACAACACAGCUACAACUACGGCAACAACCCUACAACUACGACACGCAACAACCCUACAACUACAACAGGCAACAACCCUACAACUACGACAGACAACAACCCUACAACUACGACAAGCAACAACCCUACAACUACAACAGGCAACAACCCUACAACUACGACAGACAACAACCCUACAACUACAACAGACAACAACCCUACAACUACAACAAGCAACAACCCUACAACUACAACAAGCAACAACCCUACAACUACAACAGACAACAACCCUACAACUACAACAGACAACAACCCUACAACUACAACAGACAACAACCCAACAACUACAACAGACAACAACCCUACAACUACAACAAGCAACAACCCUACAACUACAACAGACAACAACCCUACAACUGCAACAAGCAACAACCCUACAACUACAACAGACAACAACCCUACAACAUCAGCACUGUGAACCCCGGGCUCACAAGUGGUAUAAUCAAAGCAGUCAACAAGAAAUAUGAAUUUGAAGAAAACUUCGGGUUGGCCUAG